ACGUGCAGUGCGAGGUGCGUGUGCGGCUGAUGCUGUGGAAAGGAGGAGGAGGAGGAGGUGGCUGGUGCUGCUCUGGCUACGCUGAGCGGGGGCUGUUGUUGUCGCUCUCGGCGGCUCGGCCCGCAGCGCCUGCCACGAAGGCCCCGGAGCGGCCCGGGCGGGCGACGGCACCCUCGGCAGCAUGAGCGAUAACGAUGACAUCGAGGUGGAGAGCGACGCUGACAAACGUGCUCACCAUAAUGCCCUGGAACGCAAACGUAGGGACCACAUCAAGGACAGUUUCCACAGUCUGCGGGACUCUGUGCCAUCGCUUCAGGGAGAGAAGCAACAGGCAUCCCGGGCUCAAAUCCUAGAUAAAGCCACAGAGUACAUCCAGUACAUGCGCCGGAAAAACCACACACAUCAGCAGGACAUUGAUGACCUGAAGCGCCAGAAUGCACUUCUGGAGCAGCAAGUUCGUGCACUGGAGAAGGCGAGGUCAAGCGCUCAGCUGCAGGCCAACUAUUCCUCUUCAGACAACAGCCUCUACACCAAUCCCAAGGGUAGCACCAUCUCCGCCUUUGAUGGAGGCUCCGACUCCAGUUCAGAAUCUGAACUGGAAGAGCCCCAGAGCCGGAAGAAGCUUCGUAUGGAGGCCAGCUAGAAGAGGCCUCAUUUCCUGCUGCCAUUAGACACUUGCUGGCUGCUUCAGAACUUUCCUUUUUUCUUUCGUAGAGGCUCUUGGACUGCAGUUUCCCCUGUUCCUUACCCCCUUCUGACCUUUUUUAAGUUAAACCCAAAUCCAUGGCUUAGCAGCUUAUGUUCUGAAAGACUUCAGACAUAGCUUGGAGCAGGAUGCAAUUCCAUUUGGUCCUGCCCUAUGGCUGCAAGCUUCUAGGGCCAGGAAUGCCCAGACUAUUUGAUGAACUCUUGAGUCUGUGAUUGCCUGGUCUGUGUGGGGACAGUGACCUCUCCAUUCUUCCACUAGAAUUGCACCAGCCUCUCUAACGCAUUUAUCAAAAUAUUUCUAUUUAUGACAAAGCCAAACAUCCCCUUAAGGAUCCUGGUGGGAGGAGGGACCACACAAAUACCUGUGGGUGAGUGAGUGGGUGAGUGAGUGUGUGUGUGUGUUUGUGUGUGUGUCCUUCUUGUCAGAAGUGUGGGAUUUAAGGUGAGGAGACUAAAUGAUUUUUUUUCUUACAAAGGAAUAAUUGGUAUUUAUUUCCUCCUAUGGAAACUCAAUCUGGUCAGAUUGCUCCUCCUCUGCGGACAUUGGUGAUGUGAGCUACAGAUUUGUAUCAAGAUCAAUUCUUCCCCCUUUUCGAAUUUCUCAGAGUAGAGCCAGCUUUUUUAAUGUAAAUACACCACAGGCUUUGUUACUUGGUACUAAUAACUGCAUCAAAGCGUGGACCUCUGGCAAAUGGGCCAGCUACCUAUGUGAAUUAUAGCAGCAUAGGCUGAGAGUGAGCAAAGGCUUAUUGUGUGCACGCGCAUGUGCAUGGGCGUGCGCAUGUGUGCGUGGGUGUUUAUAUGUGACCUUAUAUUUUUGUCUUCUUCCCACUCUUGUUUGUGAUGUUUUCUGAAUCUGGUGUAUACAAAUGUAGCUUGGUCUCUGUCCAGGUGUGAGUCUGUUCCAUGGAACUGAAGUAUGUUGUACAUACUGCCCAAGAAUUGUCUUGCAAGUUAAGGCUUCCCUUUACUAUAAGACUAUAAAUAAAAAAAAUAUUUUAUCCUU